GGGCUGAUACCGUCAAUGGACUGAUGUCCACCACUAUAUUAAAGUGUGAGCAUUAACCGUCAUUAGUCCUGUUUGCACUCUGGGCUGAUAAUUUCUGAGGCUUUGUCAGUGAAUAAACUGUCUAAAGCGUCACAGGGUCGAUUUGUGGAACGUGAACUUUGGUUUGGGUAGCUUUCGCCAGGGCCUUGGAUAACACUAGUAAUACAGUGUUACACGUGACAGGAGCUCUAAGUGCGUCAUGGAGAUUCGACGUAUUGAAGACAGAGGAGGAAAAGAGAUACUGACCAAAUAUUAUGACGGGAUCCAUUUUCCACCAAUAGUUAUUGGGAACGUGAAGGAUCAUUUAGAGGCACUUAGGAACUUAAAACACAAGAACGGCGAUGUAAUUAUUGAUACCUUCCCUAAAAGUGGGACACACUGGACGUAUGAAAUUUUGCAUAUGUUGCAAAACGGAAAAGCCGAUUAUAAUAUGAACCCCAGUAUGAUCCUAGAAUUUGAAUCAAUUGACACAUUGGAUAACUUAGACGGACCAAGGACUCUGAAAUCACACUUAUAUCCGAAACAUAUUCCCAAAUCAUUGAUCGACAAGAAAUGUAAGAUCAUACACAUUUAUCGGAACCCAAAGGAUGUUGCCGUAUCCAUGCAUUCGUUCAUGAGUCGAAUUAACGUGGGGGAUAUGAAAGGGUACAAGGGAACAUGGGAACACUUCUUUGACUUAUUCGUCACAAAACCACUCGCUUAUAAUACCUGGUUCCAACACGUAAAGUCUUGGUUGGAUUUCAAGAAGACGAAUCCAGAUCUACCUAUUCUUAUCAUGUCCUACGAGGACAUGAAGAAGGACCUACGAGGCUGUGUUCAAAAGAUGGCAGAACAUCUUGGAGCAAAACAGGACCCGGAAUUUCUUGACGAGGUGGCGAGUAAAUGUCAGUUUAGUGCCAUGUCGAAAGCACAGAGCUCAAAUAACAAAGAGACGUCUAUGAGCAGAGACGGCAGCAACCCGUUCUACCGGAAAGGUGACGUGGGCGAUUGGAAGAACUGGCUUACUGUCGCACAGAACGAAAUGUACGACAAGGUGAUAGAGGAGAACAUGGCUGGCAUUGAUCUGGAAGUGAAAUAUACGCUGUGAAACAUCUGAUUGGAUUUAUAAAUAGACAAAUAUUCGUAAAACCGAUAUUUACAAGCUCCACUGGUGUUAAAUACUAUAAAGUUUAUAGUAAUUUUACUACAACAAAAUGAGGAAGUAGAUUAUCUUGUCAUAUUAUCAAUAUUCAAUUAACAAAUAUAAAAUAUAUAGACAGAUAAAUGAAUAAUUAAAUCAUUAAAAAGAUGAUACUUUAAUAAUAAAAAGCAAUAAAACUAAAAUAAAUAUAUCAAUAAAUAAAAAAUGAAUAAUCAAAUUAUUUAAAAGAUAACAGUACAUUAAUCAAACUAUAAUACUAUAGUAUAUAUAUAAACAAGGCAACGCCGAACGAUACUAAUCCCCUCACGGCAAACCCUGACGAUGAACGUGAAUUAUGAAUUGAACAGGCUGACACAAGUGGAAUGUGAUCUGUUUUAUUAACAAUAAAUUGAUACUUAACUG